AUGGCUGGGGGUUAUGGGGCGCCUGCAGAACAAAUUCGUGCAUCUAUGAUGUUUGAGGUGUCCGUUGGCGACGAUAAUAAUUGGACCAAGUGGGUUCAAGUCAAAAUUCUACUCUGGGAAGAAGAUCCCGGCAAUCAAGUGGAAUAUGCCCUCAUAGAAGAAAUUCAGUUCAUAUCGUCUGAGAAAAACCAAACUGUUACUGAUGCGAGAAAUGUUAAUAGUCCUGGUAAGAUAAACUUGCAAACUGAUGAUACCCCCGCAUCUGACAUAACUGAUGAAAUUCAAACUAUUAUUGAUCAUUUCGCUAAAAAACCUGACGUAGAAUUCGCCGAUGAUCAGGAUAAUAGUGAUUCUUUAGACGAUUUAUCCGAAACUGAGGCAGUACGAGAAGUUAAUGGUUCCCGAAUUUUUUUCGAUCUAUAUUUAAAAAUUUCCAAAGCUGAGGAAAAUAGUGAUAAUGCACGUCAUGAAGUCUUAAGAGCAUAUUACUUCCUUGGAGAGGAAUUAGAGAAACGCCUUACCGACUAUAAGCAAUCCAUGGAAGAACAUGAGGCUCAAAAGAAGGUUAACGAUGAG